UCUCUAAUCUUAUCCUUCAAAUAUCCUUCAAAUAAACACCAAACUAUGAGCAACAAAUCCUUAAUUCACAGAGAAGAAAAUUCGGGGCUCGUUUCUUCGGAAAGAAUAGAUUGAUCAACCAAAUAAGGAUGAGAUUCUCCGGCGCAGGACGAGAAGACUGAAGAGUCCGGCAGCGUCUACGACCUGCAGAAAACUUAGUUUUUCAAAGAGAAAAGGAAACCCGAACUGGUUCCAGAGACAGCUCUAAGCAAAAAUGAGUCAAGACUACGAUGCUAACAGAGCAAUGGAGCAUGCAACUGCGGUGGCAGCUGCUGCAUUUGCCAUUAAAUCAAUUGAAGAUUCGGCCAUCUCUGACAAGGAAAUGGCGGGCAAUGAGCGUAAACCAAAUUUGGUGAGGAUCACGAGCGGAAAGGAAGAAACGGCAAUUUCAAAGCCGGAACCUGGAAUAUUUUCCAAAAUAUUCUCAGGUGCAGGUUCGAGGAAAAGUACUCCAGCACAAGAAGAUCCAGAUGGUAAGGUGCCAAUAAGCAUUGCCACAACCGGGAAGAGCCCAGAAAAGGCUGUCCUUCCUGACAGUAUAAAACGUCAAACUGCACCACCGCCGCCACCACCACCACCACCCCCCCUUCGACCCCCAUCUAUCAAGAGAACUCCAACUUUUGAUGAUAAACGGUCGAGCAGCGCUGGCGGUGUAAAACCUGAAACUGCAGCAGCAAAACCCAAUUUGUCUGCCACUACGAAACCCGAAAGUCCUUGGGAUGAAACCAAGAAGCCGACUUCAACAGGACCUGGAACAAGGAAAACACAAGCAGAUAUUUGGGAAGAAACCAAGAUUGCUAGACUCAAAGCAAGGUAUGAGAAGCAAAAGGCCACAAUACUUGCAUGGGAGAACAACAAGAAGACGAAAUGCAGAAAACGUCUCGAUAAAAUAAAGCAAGGUGAAGUAGCGGAAAAAAGAGAAAAAGCACUACGAAAGUUCAGCGCAGAGAUGGAAUAUAUCAAAGAGAUUGCAGACGGAGCUAGGGCACAGGCAGCAGAGAGGCACAGAAAUGGUGUCUUGAAGGUGAAACAAAAGGCAAAUGAAAUGAGAAGAACAGGGAAAGCUCCUACAACAUGCUUCUGCUUCUAAUUAGACCAAUUACUCACCUACUUUCGAGUGUAAAUAUUUUUAUCAAGAUACUGUAUUUUCACAGAGAGUCAAUCACAAUAAGAUGGCAGUUCCACCGCAUGGUUAGCUGCCCCAUAUUUAAAACGAGUA